UAUGAGGUCAUAUGAAAGAGACAAUUACCAAAAAUGUGUGUGUGAAAGAAGUUGCAAUACCGGCGUGCCGGUAUCUUCUCGACAUCCUCGAUCUUCACCGGAAGCACAGCAAAGUUUCAAACGGCACGUGACCUUGGCCGAAGGAUCUUACGCCCGUGGUCUGUCACCGUCGAGAAGAUACCUUUUCACUUCCCCUUGGACGGCCACCUGAGCGACCUUGACUGAGCGCGGCGCGGGAUUCGCAGACGAUCACCUAAGACCCAGUGCUGCAGCCCCUCUCACGCGCGUGCUUGGACCCCACUUGGGUUAGCCAAUACUUAAACCGCGGGCCUACCGCGCCGCGGAUUAUUCUUGUAGCAUCGGCCGUUGGACCCGUAAGCUCACGUACGUACGCCCUGAUCGCACGCGCGUACACACGCGUGGUAUAUAUCGGAUACGUGCGGGAUAUCUAUCGUCUACGUAACUUAUUUUAAUAUUUGGUGUAUACGACUUACGUGAACGCAUAUGCGAUAUCGCGGGGACAUAUGUAGCACUCACACGCAAGUGUGCCUCGCUGAUCCUGACCCCGCGAGAGAAGGACCGCGUGCACAGUGACGAGAGCCUCCCUUGAAGUCUUUGUAACCCUUCGUCUCCCGGAAGAAGAGGAAUUUCCUCGUGAUCGGUGUUUCCGAAUCCCAUUGUGUUCACUUAUCGAUCAACGACAGCGUCCAGCAUUGGACGCUGGUAUAGAGAAAUACAGUGCAAAGAGUCAAGUGGACGGAAUUUCGGAUAAUUCAAAUCUUUGAUGGGUAGCUCGGUUUGAUGCAGCGCCACUGAAUCGAGCAGGGAUCGGUGGUUUCGGUGACGACGUAACUAGGAGCAAGAGUGGUGAAGUGCACAGUGCCGGCUUUUUUCUGAUUUCGGUGGAGCGUGAGUGGAAGAGAUGGCGUCGGCGGCAGCAGAAUUAGUAGCAGAGAGAGAGCCGGAGCUGAGGAUUGAGAUGACAGAUUCAAAUAGGACAUUCGGAAGUGCCCAAGGUCUAGUAAAAAUGGCUCUGGAUCAAUACACGGAAAUUCUCACGACAGUUUCCGAUCCACGUGUUAGCGACUGGCCGCUAAUGGAUUCGCCCGUACCGACAAUUCUUAUCGUGCUCCUUUAUUUGUACAGCGUUGUCAUAUUCGGCCCGCGUAUGAUGGCCAACAAAAAGCCAUAUAAACUCAGAGGAGUCCUGGUAGCGUAUAACGCGUUUCAAGUCGUCUUCUCACUAGAAAUGAUGUACGAGCACUUAAUGUCCGGAUGGCUGUUGGACUAUAGCUACAAAUGUCAACCGGUCGAUUACUCCCACAAUCCAUCGGCUUUGAGGAUGGCAAACCUCUGUUGGUGGUAUUUCAUCAGCAAAUUCACGGAAUUCGCUGACACGAUAUUCUUCGUAUUGCGCAAGAAGGACAGUCAGGUGACAUUCCUCCAUUUGUAUCAUCAUUCUCUAACACCCCUCGAGACGUGGAUCUGCGUGAAAUUUAUUGCGGGUGGUCAUGGUACCUUGGGCAAUCUCAUAAACAACGCGGUACAUGUAGUUAUGUAUGCAUAUUACAUGUUAGCGGCCAUGGGCCCAGAAUUUCAAAAGUACUUAUGGUGGAAAAAGCAUCUAACUACUGUACAAUUGGUGCAGUUCUUCCUGGUGUUUGUGCAUAGCGCACAGGCUCUCAUAUUCGAUUGCGGCUAUCCCAAACUGAUUGCGGCCCUCCUUCUACUUCAUGCAACAAUCUUCUUCGUGCUCUUCUCCGACUUUUACAGAUCCGCUUACCGCAAAGGAAAGUCCGCAAAGGAACUCAAGGCUGAAUAGAACACACGAGGGAACAUACGAAAGGGAAAAUCUUCGUUCCGACGAACGAAACACGCAAUACACACGUACACACAUGUCGCGUCGAAAUGUGGCUCCUUUCUAUACCGGUGAACUUUUACGCUCAUUAAUGUAUCGACAGAUGAGGAACUCAUUGACCAGUCGUAUAUACUGGAAAUUGGAUUAACGAAAAGCGAAAGAAAUUUGAAUAUUUAAAUAUACACGCGUUUAAAUCUACGCGCGAGAUACCGAAAUUCUUAAUCUACUCUGAAAACAAUAGAAUUGUAAAUAGGUCGAUAAAUAGUCAAUAAAAAGAGAACUAUGGCAUCAACAAAAAUUAUGCCGAUAAUAAUUUAUAAAUCUUAUACAUGG